CUAAGAAAGGAGAACAGUUUAUAGACAUUCCUUAUGUUGUCAAAGGAAUGGAUGUAUCUUUCAGUGGACUUUUAAGUUAUAUUGAGGCCACUGCCGAGGAAAAGCUCAAAAAUAAUGAGUGCACCCCUGCAGAUUUGUGCUACUCCCUGCAGGAAACCGUUUUUGCGAUGCUUGUGGAGAUCACAGAACGGGCAAUGGCACAUUGUGACAAAAAGGAUAUUCUUAUUGUUGGUGGUGUAGGCUGCAACGAGCGGUUGCAAGAAAUGAUGAGAGUAAUGUGCUCGGAGCGUGGUGGAAGGUUGUUUGCCACUGAUGAUAGGUAUUGCAUUGACAAUGGGGCCAUGAUUGCUUAUACUGGUCUUCUUGCUUUUGCUCACGGCGCAUCGACCCCACUAGAGAAAUCGACAUUUACCCAGCGGUUUCGGACAGAUGAAGUCGAAGCAAUAUGGAGAGGAAAAAAUGAGCCUGCAAACGUGAACGGGGUCAUGGCUGGGAGCGCAUAGAUCUACGAGGUAUGCGGGUCUUUCUUUUUAUUUUUAUUUAUUUUAAACUUUUUGUUUAUUUUCUAACCUCGCUGCAACCAAGCUUUCCAUACUAGACCUGGCGAGGGUAUUUGAAUGAUCGUUGAGAAUGUUGUAAUUUAAGCAUGAUGGUUUGGUCAUAUUUGUACGUGGGUAUGGCCGCAACUGUAUGGAGUUUCGCUAAUGUUGGUGUAGAUCUUAUUUUCGGGGACAGAAAGUAGUUUGUAUUAGGAAAGGAAAAAUUCAGUCCCAAGAAAUCUCGUAUAUGGUAAUGCUUUAAAUUUUUUAUUUU